AUGAAGCUGUUUCUGACCGUCGUGGGGCGCCGCAACUCCACAAGAAGCAGUGAUGCCGCUCCUACAGAUGAUGUCGUCCUCUUCGACCCCGGUGUGUGGAGCCGCACGGCAGCGUCGGAGAUGGCGCGCUGGAACGUUUCGGCAUCCUACGUUGCGCGGCAGGUAUACCGGCAUGCGGCGCUGAUGCAACUGGCGAAAGUAGCGUCGGAGGGCGCAGUGUGCUUUCGAUACGGCCCCCGCCCGCCACCGCAUCUCGAUAGCUUUCUUUUUCACAAGCGCAGUCGCGUCACCGGACACGGAAGGGGCGGUACACCACCACCACCAGCGGCGGCGGCGGCGGCCGUGUGCACCCCGUCGCCUCUCAUCUCAUCCUCGGGCUCGUUCUCCUCCGUGAGCAUGGCGACCACUUCACCUCGGACAGGCCAGACACGAAGCACUGCCGCCGGUGCGAGCGGUUCGGCCACUGAGUAUGACAGCCUCCUCGCUCUCUGGCUGAGGGAGCUGCUCUCCGGCACCGGUGGCUCCGUCACCGUGACAGCGCUGCUUCUGUUUGUGGGAGGCACCGCGAUCGAUAUGGCAACCGGCAGCGAGGUGCACACGCCCCUCAGCGUAGGCAGUGGCACCGCAAGACAGCUGCGCACGCACGAGGACGCCAUGGUGUUUCUGCACGCGUGCGAGUCCACAAUACACCAUAGCUCUGCCGAGUUUCCGCGGUGCCCGUACCACGUCUGCGUCGCCGUACAUGCCGGCGCUCACGGUGGCUCGCAUGGAAGGAGCGCCGUUACAUUCCUCGACGUCGCCGCCGCUGCGCCGGAGAGCGCUGGCGCCUACGACGAGGUGCGGUUGCGGGAGCAGGUGGCCCUCUUUGGCCGGCAGCUGGGCGCCGAAGCGACCACGGCUAUGCCUCACGCUCGUCCGCGGACGCGCAAGGCGUCGGACGAGCACUGGCUCAGUCUCCUGCAGUCCUGCCAACUCUCUCGCGCAAGCCUGGUGGGGCUCGUCUACAUCGCGUGUGAAGCAAGCCACGAUCCGUUUGGGCACUCCCGCGUCGAGAACGACUGCGACCCCUUCACUCUUGCCACUGCCCUACGCCAACGCGCGCUCUUGGAAGCGGUGAACAACGGUGUGUUGCACCCCCACCUGCGAAAGCCGUCCCACGCGCAGAAGCGCGCAACUGCGCAACCUGUGAAGCCGCCCACGAGUGAUGCCACCACAACGUCACGCGCGCCGGACUCUCCGCCCAAGGGUCGGUCCAGCAGAGGGCGGCAGCGGCAGCAGCAGCACAGUCCGAGACUCCCUUACCUGACGCGCGGCUCGGUACCGCCGCGUCGCGCACAGGAGCACUCCAUAGCCUGUUGUGGUUUUCCUCGCUGCGGCCGCUCCGCCGAUCCGCUGGGGCGCAUUGGGAGGGAGGAGCACCACGCGCGAGUGGCGCUGUCAAGCGCGGAGCAGCGAGCCAGGAGGCUGGCGGAGUUGGGCUGGAUUCUGCGCUCCCACCCACCAGGCAAGUCCAUCGACGCCAUGCUGCAGCGCCUCACGCACAACGUCGAUCGCGUGAGCCGACCUAAGCAGCAGCAACCACACCCAGUUCCGCCUCGCUCCUUACCGCCACCGCUGACCAAGGCCCAACUUGCCACUGCCAUGAGCCUGCCUUCUACCACUGCCACGCGACGGUCGUCCUUCACCUCACCGACGCGCACGCCCGAGUCCGCCUCGCCCGACGGCCCGGUGCAGAGGAGAGUGACCGUUUCGAUUCUGUCCACAUCCCCAUCUUGCGUAGCCUUGGAAAGUCCCUUUACUCGGCACAUCACGACACCGCCGAUCCUCAGCGAAGUCGGCUCUCCACCGCAGAAUGAAGGCGAUCCACGAGCGCACUCCGUCUCAUCACCCGCGGCCGUACGCGGCCCCACCGCGGCAGAGGUCGAGCGGCGUUGCCUACGAUCCGGCGCGUCCUUCUCCCUCGCCAGGGACUCCCCAAAAGCCCACACGUGCACCUCCGCUCGCCGAUUCUCUGCAAUCGAAACGGCCCUACUCGCGCGCGCGCGAUCCAGCCAGCGCAGCCUUCCCUCCCACUCUCCGCGCAGGGGCGACGUAGAGCGACUCUACCCCCUCGUGCACGCGUUUCACGUCGAGAUGUGCGAACAGGACGCCCUGAUGGCGGAGGAGCUGAUGGUGCGCAGUCGCAUCGAGCAUAAGGAGAGGAACUGCCGCAAGACGCUGAGUGUUGCUCGCACCGACUCGGCGCGACGACCAUCCGUGUUGUGGCUGUCUGAGACAGGAACGCAGCAGCAGCAGCCAGACCCACAGGCACCCCUCAGCAACCGGUGGCGCUCAGCGCACCCACGUCCUUUGCGCAUCUUCUUCGAGCAGUAG